CUGCGCGGCACGCUAGCGCAUGCCACGUCGCCGUCCACAAUCGAGGUAUUGCGCGAUGCGCUCGUCGUCGUCACUGAUGGCGUUAUCACCAAUAUUGUGCAAGGCGCCGACGCUGAUGCACUGCAAUCGACGUUGCAUGACGUCACGCAACUCGCCGAGGAUAGCAUUCUAUUACCUGGCUUCGUGGAUACUCAUGUGCACCCGGCGCAGGUCACGUUUGCCGGGAGCGGCACUGACCGACCGCUGCUCGGCCCAACCGGCUGGCUAGAGUGCUACACCUAUCCCGCCGAGCGCGCCUGGGCCGACCCGACGGUUGCGGCGGAGGUUUCGGGCGCGGUCGUGCGCCGCGCGCUCAAGCACGGAUGCACGACCGCCGUUUACUUUGGCACAAUCCACCUCGAGGGCACUCUCAAGCUCGUCGACGCGUGCCUUGAGCAAGGCCUGCGCGCCGUCGUCGGCAAGGUGUGCAUGGACCGCUGCUCGCCGGCCGACUAUGUCGAGUCCACCGAGGCGUCGCUGAGCGAUAUGGAGGCCUUCGUGCAGGCGACGAUCGCCAAGGCGGAGGUCGCACAUCCGAAUGGGCCGCUCGUCCACCCGGCGCUCACGCCGCGUUUCAUCCCGACGUGCAGCACCGCGCUGCUCGCGGGUCUCGGCGAGAUCGCCCGCAAGUACAAUGGCAGUGAUGGGGGCGACGGCGGCUCGCGCGCCAACAAGGUCUUCGUGCAGUCGCACAUCGCCCAAUCGGCCGACCAGCUCGCCUUUGUGGAGCAGCUGCACCCGGGCCAGCGCGACGCGGCGCUCUUCGACGCCGCCGGGCUGCUCACCGACCGCUGCGUCCUUGCCCACGCCAUGCAUCUCGACGAGAGCGAGCUGCAGCUCAUCGCCCGCCGCAAGUCGGCGCUCGCCUUCUGCCCGCUGAGCAACGUCUUCCACACGGAGAAGCCCGCGUCCACCCUCGACGCGCCGAACGCGUGGCGCUGCGGAUGUAACGUCGGACUCGCGACGGACACCGCCGGCGGCUACGCCCCGUCGAUGCUCCACGCGUGCCGCACGGCAGUCAUCGCCUCGCGCUGCCUGCACAAGGACACGACCGUCGACUGGAAGUACGCCUUCUGGCUUGCGACGCGCGGCGGCGCCGCGGCCCUCAGCAUGCCCAUCGGAGGCUUCGAGGUCGGCAAUGAGUUUGACGCGCAGCUCGUCGACCCGUCCGCCGGCGACCCGCCGGAGGAGGCGAUGGCGCUGGGCGUGCUCGAAAAGUAUGUCAACCUCGGCGACGACCGCAACGUCGCGGCCGUGUGGGUGCGUGGAAAGCAGGUG